UCCGCAAACCCAACCACAUAAAUCGCCAGCCAUUUCUCCCGCUCCGAUGCCCAAACCGCCUCCCUCCCCGCGCCAAUCCCCAUCGAUCCACCAGCGCAGGCGGCGGCGGCGGCGGCAGCGGCAGCGGCCAUGGACAUGUCGGCGAUCGCCUCCCGCCUCGGCCUCUCCGACUCCCGCCCCGUCGUCCGCAAGGCCGCCGAGCUCCGCCGCCUCUGCGACGUCACCUUCGACUCCUCCGUGCUCGGCAUCGGGGAGGUGUGCAAGGCGAUCAUCUGCCUCGAGAUCGCGGCGUCCAAGUUUCAGGUGAUGUUCGACCGGGCAGAGGCGGUGCGGAUGAGCGGCAUGUCCGAGAAGGCAUACAUCAGAUCAUUCAACGCGCUGCAGAAUGGUCUUGGUGUCAAGGCAACACUGGAUGUGCGUGAACUGGGCAUCCAGUUCGGCUGUGUCAGGCUAAUCCCUUUCGUGCAGAAGGGAUUAUCACUCUACAAGGAGCGUUUCUUGGCUGCAUUGCCACCUUCUCGCCGUGCAAGCACUGACUUUGGUCGGCCAGUGUUCACUGCAGCAGCAUUCUAUUUAUGUGCAAAGAGGCAUAAGCUUAAAGUGGACAAACUGAAGUUGAUAGAUCUAUGCGGUACAUCUAGUUCUGAAUUUACAACGGUUUCAACAUCCAUGGCAGACCUUUGCUUUGAUGUUUUUGGGAUAGCCAAGGAGAAGAAGGAUUCUAAGUCGAAUAGAGAACUGCUGGAUGUUUUGCCUAGCAAAAGGAAACAUGAUGAUGAUAGUGAUUCAUCUGGUGAAUCCUCAGGGGAUGACCAAGAUGAACUAGAUCUGCCAACUUACAAAAGACACAAGAAAAUGGAAAAGGAAGCUUACAGUGCAUGGAAGUCAUCGGUUCUCUCCUCCAACAAGCAAACCAAACCAGACCCUACAAAACCCAGGAAACAAGCUCAGCUUAACUUCAAGAAGAAGCCGUCAGACAUAGCCCUUGAAGUAUCAUCUGCGGCCAACUAAAUUAUUCUCAACUGAUGCCAAAAAUGCUCUUAGCACCAUAGAACUUCCUCCUAAAUGCAUGAAGGAAAUCUUUUGCCCCCCCCCCUUCUCAUUUGUUUUAAGACGCUGACAAUCCACACAAAAAAAUGUUUCUUGCUGGUGACAUUCUUGUGUAAAUGGUGACAUAUCUAGUUUUCUAAAAAUAAGUGACAUUUUUUAAUGUACAUGAGAAAUUCUGAGCGUUUAAUCAUGCUGUCAUCGGCCAUUAGGCUUAGCAAGGUGCUCUCCUUUUUCUAUCAUCAGUUGCCAAGAUAUUUCAGCCUUUUGGACUAAAAAGUGCAAGUUAGUUGUGCUGUUUACAUAGCAAGAUGCAUGCUGCCUGUGUCACUGUCAUCUUCUAAUGCAGGCUUAGCCAGGC